UAUAUAUAUAUAUUGUACAUCAGUAGUCGGUGUUUACCUGAAGUAGAUAAACUAAAUACAUUGUGUAUGAGGGGAGAAGUGAUAUGAAGUAUGCUGGUGUUAUCCAACACUUAAAACUCGCCCUUUGAUAUUAAAUUCAUCCAGGCAUAUCCGUGGCUUUCGACUAGAGAUGAGGAUAGACUUGGUCCGCAGAUAGUUUGUGGGACUGUAUACGGACGGACCCAGCGACCGAGGACACAGAAUUAGUAACUGGAGCCCACCUCACUCCGUAUUGACAGAGAGGUCUACCUCUGGCAGUGACAGUUUUUAUUGUUGAAAAGACUUGCAAGGGUAGACAGUACAUUCAGAGGACUUUUUUUAUCCACCAGCGAGCACGGAUGGGAGGGAAAAAAAGUCAGCACAAGGAUUUAUGACUAAGCGUGGCAGUAUUUAGUUCUCUAUGUAGGCACUUCUCUCCACAGUAGAGAGAAUUUGAAUCUGUGUAUCCACUUCACUACUCCAGAUGAGCUGAGUUAGAUUUUCGCUAGCUCUUCGACUGUUGAGAAGGAAAAACAGAGGCGUAUAAACAGCAUUCUGGAAUACAGAGGCAAGCUUCUAGGGAUUCAUUGUGUGUAAAAAAAUAUACAGCCAGGGCUAGUGUGAUAGUGCAUGUGUUUUCUCUAUAGGAAAAGAGCUAAGCAGUUUCUUCGAUCCCUGACCCCCUCAGGCCAAAGGGGAGAGUUUAUGACCCACUCUCACUCCGACCUAGUUUUGACCUGAAUACGAUAUAUCUGUGAUCAUUGUAAAGGAAGACAGUCUAUAAUGGAAUCACUUAGUGGGCGGAAGACUAGCUCCGAGGCUCCAAGUGUAGCCUCAACUGCUCUCCACAAGCUUGCUGCCAACCUGAAUAACCUGGACAUACAUCAGUACCUCUAUGACGACGCGGUGAAGAUGGAUUUGAGUUUUGAAGACUCGAAUAGCAACAGUAUGCCGUCAAUGUCGAAUCCAUACCGGCCGAUGGAUGUCCGCGUGGCAGAGGACGUCCACAAAGCCCGUAAGAACAAGGAGGAUAAAUACUGCGGGGUGUGCGGCGAUCGAGCACUCGGCUACAACUUUGAUGCCAUCUCCUGUGAAUCUUGUAAAGCCUUCUUCCGAAGAAAUGCUCCAAAGAGUUUGGAAUAUUUCAAAUGUCCAUACGAAGAGAAAUGCAAAAUGGAUGUCUCCAAUCGCCGCUUCUGUAAACGAUGUCGUCUGAGGAAAUGUUUUGAAAUUGGCAUGAGAAAAGAAUACAUCCUGACUGAGGAGGAGAAAAGUCGUAAAAAGCAGAGAAUUGAGGAGAAUAGGUGCACAAAAGGACAAAAAGUACGAGACCCUGAAAGGAAAAAUCAGAUAAGUGAUGUGAGUACAUCCAAUAGCUACACAGGGAAGGUCCGCGUUCUCGAACCCGACGAGGACUACCUCAUCAACGAAGUUGUCAACGCUUAUCGUCAGUCCCUGGAGGUCAGCAUCGACUCGGAAAUCCCACGAGAAAAUGCCUCUUUCUUGGACUUGGUCAAUAUAGCAGAGUUGAGUGUACGGAGGGUGAUCGAUAUGGCUAAGAAAAUAAAAUCUUUCAAGUCUCUCUCUCAGACUGACCAGAUCAGUCUUUUAAAAGGAGGUAGCAUAGAGCUGCUCAUCAUUCGCUCCGUCAUCACGUUCGAUAAGGAAAAACAACAUUUUUUGGAUCCCUUUGAUAAUGAGAGUAACGCCAUGUCUCUGGAUCAGCUCAAGAUGGGAGAGGGAGGCGGCUUAUUCGAGGAGCACAUGAAGUUUACAAAAUCUUUAGCAAUAGAUUUGAAGGCAGACGAAACCAUGCUUAUAUUGUUACUGGUUAUCUCCCUUUUCUCACCGGAUCGUACAAAUGUGACUGACAAAACAUAUAUCUGUCAGGAACAAGACAAGUACGCCCUCCUCCUGUUACGCUACAUGGAGUCUAGGUACCCUUCUAGUCUAGUGCGCUCUCUCUAUCCCAAACUUCUGAUGAAACUCACAGACAUUCGCAACCUGAACGAAGAGCACUCGCACGUUUUGCUCAAAGUGAAUCCUGAGGGUAUCCAGCCUUUGAUGAAGGAGGUGCUCGACCUCAACGUGAAGAACGAAGUAGCGUAAUGCUGAAAGCCCAGUGGAGGGGUUUGUGUGAUAUUUGACAGUAUCCAGCCAUGUCCUGGGAUAUACUGCCGGUGAAUACACGUCUUGUGUCACGUGAUCGUUGUCACGACACCCAGUUGAAAACUGAGACAGAGUUUGGCGAUAUUCGCAGUUCAACUAUGUGCCACAAUAUUCUGCCUUUUAAGCCAAGUGGGCAAACAUCGCCUUCUGCGAUUGGUGGUUUGACUGGCAUGCCAGGAAGGGGCAAAGUUUCAUGGUUUGGUGAUUGGCUACAGCCGUGUGAGGAAGAGGUCAAGGUGAUGUUCAGAUCCACUUAGUGAAGUAUAUAUAUAUAUUAUCGUGAAACUAUGUCUUGAUAUCAAACAGGCAGUCUUCGUCCAUACGGUAAUACGUGUACAGUUAUUUUAGUCCAAGUGUUUAACAAGAGUACCAUAACAGAAGAAACAGAAAUGACAAACGAAAAAUGACACUGUCCAAUUCAUACCGUUAUGUACUUUAUAUAUAAAUCUCAGGAUAAAAAAAAACGCAAAAUGGACGACAUGGAUGGUUGGACCUUUAAUGUUGCAACACUGAUGUACAUUUUGCCAAAUAUUGAUCAAGGUCGUAUCGGUUUACCAAGAUAUGAUUGGUCAGUGUGGGAUAUUCGUCUUUGUGUUCUUGGGCGAUCCAGAAACAGAAAGCUACAGAUAAAACAGCGUGCUCAAAACAUGUUGUGAAACCAGAGGAUGACAUCGGCCAAAGACAUACUUUCUGUGCAGAUUCGAUCUGAAAAAAAUAUAUACAGAACUAUUCUUGUUGACAAUUUUUUAUCAAUUUCUCCGGUGAUUACAUUUAGUGUAAAUUGAUGUUUGUUAAAGAUGGUGGCACUUCACUGAAGCAGUACUAUAAACACAGAUAAAAACAAAGUGAUUUUUUAUGGAAGAAACUUGUUAAAUCAACAUCUUCAGAAGAAUCUGGUGAGAAAGAAAGAGGAAGUUAAAAAAAAAAAAAAAAGAGAUGAGAAAUGUCCAAGAAAUCGUGUAAAACAUGUACGCUGUACUGAACAGUGUAAUUCUAGGUAUUAUUGUUGUCCUCGGAUGUUUUCCUUGUUACAACUCAAAAUUGUAAACAUCUGGAACACGUUGACCUCUGCACCAUCGACAACAAAUGGCAUCAAUGAAAUAGAGUGUUUAAAUAGUUCCUGGGGUUCAUGUUUAAUAGAACAUCAUGGUAUAACAAGAAUAAACUAGUUACUUGUUAGAUAAAGCAGAACAGUGCUUCCUCGUAAUAUUUAUGUAUAUUAGUUAAAAAACAUUCAUUUUCAUGUUAGGAGGAAUAUUCAAAGGGAGACAAUUCAUUUUUUGUUUUCUUUUGUAGAAAAUUCAUUCAUUGAUCAUAAGUACUGAUUCAAGUCACAAUCAAGUGCCACUGUUAGAGGUGGUCAAGAUAAUAGAAUAUUGCAUCUACUACUGGAAAUAUAUCGUUUGCCAUGAUUUUGUGCUCAAGUAAAUAUUGUGCAAAUACAAAGCGAGGAACUGUGCAUUUGCCAUCAUUUUUCGUUUGUACUCGUCUAUAGACACUCCAUGCCUGGGUGUCACUAAUAUGUAUAGUUGAGGGGGAAAAUAACAAUAAUAACUGAAUAAUGCUGAAACAUUGAAGUGCCUGUUUCUCUUGUCUAUGUGAUAAAAUCAUUGUAGCGUAAAUCCAUGUAGAGUCCAGAGGUUAUUAUUGUCACACUAAUGUGUCCCGUUACUAUUGCCCUAUAUUUCUUACCAAGUAGUUUAAUCGCCAUAGACGCAGUAAUAUUGGUCCUGUGGCGACUCGUGUGUAUAUUUGAUAGUGUUUUCAAAAUUUUUAAAUAAAAUAUUAUAUAUCCUAUGAUUAUACAAUAAUUAUAGUGCUAUGCUUAAAAGCGAAUAUGAUUAAUGAUACUAAUAAAAUCCUAGUCAUUAUGAUCGGGAAACCAUAUUUUGAUAUUUACAUUUCAAAUGUUGACUUACCACAAAUGAAAAAUUGGCCAUAGAAUAUUUUUGAAAUGAUUGUUGGUAUCAUAAUAAACUGUUUAUAAUUUCAGAACAUAUUUUAGAAAAUAUAAGUAUGGUUGUUAAUCCCUCAAAUUUUGUUUUGUUUUGAAUUUGGGAAGUGAAAUGUAAAUUGCUUAUGAUUUUUUUUAGUAUUAACCACAUCCAUUGAUUAUGAAAUAUCAAUUUUUUGUAUAGUGCUGGUAAUGAGAAAUCUGUGUAUCUGUCGUUAUUCCUUCCUGUAACGGGUAGACGGUACAAACAAUAAAAUAUUGAUUUCAGCAAAUGUUUCAAUUUCUCUGAAAAUCCAAGCCGAUGUUUUAAUUUUUCUGAAAGUAAGAACAUGUAAAAUGUUAUGCUUCAAACAUCGGUUCCCCGUGAUGCAGAUGUUUUCAUUGUUAUUUUUCCCUGUGGGAUAGAGGAAAAAAAGUGAAAUAUUGUACUGUCUUUCCACGGCAGUAAGCUCAUUCAAUAGGCUUACCGGUAAACAGGAUUGGCUAAUAGGGCAACCAUCAUCCUAUGCAGGUUAUUUAAGGAAUCGAGAAAUUGCAUGAGCAGAUUUUCAUAUUCCUAACACUUUGUUCCGUAUAUGAAAGGAUAUACUUCUAAAUAAGCCCUGCACAAAGCUACAUCCUGAUUAAAUGCAGCAUGAAAAGAAAUCACGCAAAAUUUCAAUUUAAAGGUAUCAUGCUGGUAAAAAAAAAAAAACUGCAGAGGAAAAUGUCAGAUACACAGUUUUAUUAAAUUUCUGUUCAAUAUAUUGAUUUUGUUCCCUUGAAAUUGAUUCUCUUCCAACCAUUCUUUAAAUUUCAUUGAUAUAUAUAUAUAUAUAUACAGUGAGUUAAUUCAACUUAAUUGAUGAAAGAAGAUGUUAAAUUUUGUUUACUUACAUUUCGUCUUGUUUAACAUUUUUAUUAUAAUAUAUACAUGUAUAUAUAUAAAAGUAAAGUUGAAAUUGAGAAAUGGAAAUAUAAAUAAUGAUAAAAUUUGUUCCUGUAGCAGAUUUGAAUCCUGAUUACGGAGAAAAACAUUAAAGUGCUCUAAAUCCAUGUUUGUGAUAGGAAAACACAGAUAUUAUUGUGCAUGUCAAAAGGUGUUAUGAAUGUAUUGAUUUUUUUCACAUGAUAAACAUUUUAUCAAUGUUCCUGGAUAUUAUUUUUUCUUGCUUAUGUAUUAAUAUCUAAUCAAUGUUUAUACACAUAUAUUUCCCCCUGAAGAAUGAUGAGAGAGUUUGUUGUUUACCUUCUGAAAUAAACAUGGUUUUAGAAAUAUAAUUGUUUUUGGCUGUUGACUGAGCUUGAAGCAAUCCCAUUUGUCGGGGAUGAAAUCAAAUACAUUUUUUUUUUCUUCUCAAAAAUAACAAUUUGAGUUUUGAUUAUAGCAUUUUUGAUAAAGAUGAAAUAUUUUAUAAAAGAUCAUUUUUUUUUUAAAGUUCUUUAAAUCACAUCAUUUUUCUAAAUACCAUAUUUUGUGGUUGAGUUGCUAAUAAAAUAAAAUAAAAUGAGUUAUAACAUGCCAACAUUUCAUGCAUAGGACAGCUUGAAGAUGCAUUUUGCAUUCUUAUUUUUGUAAAAAUAGACUAUUUAUGCAUAUGACAUCUAGAAAAGUCUUAAAAGUACCUGCAAUAUGACUGUUUGUCAAAAUAAUGAUAUAAAAUCCCUAGUUAAUCUGUUCUAUGCAGUAUUCAGGUGUCAGAUUAGACAGAUUUCACCAUACAGAGAAUGUGUUGCUGUUUCAAAACUCAAAAAUAAGGGUUAAAUAUAUCCUUCCAAAUUAGGAAUAUGAAACCUGAACAACCCAAGGGAGAUAACUGGAUUUACUGCCUAUGAUUUUGUACUUUUUUCAUUUUCUUUAUCAUAAAAUGUACAUUUAAUUGAAAGUUCAACAAAUGUACCUUUUCUAUAUCAAUUGGAGCCUAUAGCUUUCACUGGCUUACUAAAUAGUUUAGAUUUUUGAUGGUUUUGAUGUUAAACAUUUCGGUUUAAUUGAUGCAUUUUAUUUGAUCUUGAACUUGUUCUUUGUCAAAAGUAUGUGCAGUAAAUUUAAGAUUCAACAAAUUCACUUUUUCUAUAUAAAUUUGAGUUUGCUGAGCGAGCAACUCUCCAUAGAUGGAUAUUGAAAUGGGAGGAUUUGGGGGAUAAUUUUGUAUAGAAACAUGGAAGGAUUGUGAAAUUUUUGUAGCGUUUGAAUUUCUGACUUACAGAAGGGAUUUUCUUCUCGGUCUCAGUUUGGGUUUUUUUUCAACACAAAAUGACUGUUUGUUAUCCUUGAAAACCUGUUGUUUUUCACUGUCAAUUUUUUUUAUUUUCUUCGAUAAAUUUUGUCUUCACUACAGGUUUUGUUUUACAAAACUUACAAAGGAGUCAGUUCUAGACUUUGGCCAUCCUUAAAAAGACUAUUUUGUAGUGUACUCUUCCUUUAUGUUAAAACUGCCAGGUACAAAUUUCUUAACAUUAUUUCUUUAACCAAUUAACCCCUGAAAUUUAUAAAUAACUAUUCCAACCUUUGAAUUGGAAGAGUUAAAAUGUGUCUUCAGGGGUGAAUGGGUUAAACCUUAAUUAAUUUAAAAUGAUAUUUUUAUUCAACUGAAUUAUUUAGAAUAUGAAAGGGGAAUUAUUUUUCAGGGAAAUUACCUUUUUAAUCAAUUUGUAGGUGCACAGCAAAUGUGGAUUUUUUUAUGGGUGGCCUUAUAUUUGCUCAUUUUUGUGUUUCAGUUACCCGAUUGGUUAUCCCUGCAUUACUGAUGUUUUGAUUGAUUGUUUGUUUGUUUGUUUUAUUCUUGUUUAUAAGGUAUUUUGUAUUACCUGGAUAUGAGAAGUAUUGGAGAUAGUUGUAAGAGAACCCUGCACCGGAUGUCCGUGUGAGGGAGUUUUGUAUAAAUGGCGUUUUUUGUUUUGAAUUGUUUGAUGUAAGACUGUUAGGGCAGCAUAUCAUGUUACACACAUGUAUCUCAUUAAACAAAUUAAUAAAUGAUGUUCGUGGAAUGAUAAUUAUGUUAAUCAAUCGCCACAUCAUAUAUUGUAAAAAAAAAAUUAUGAUAAGAAUACAAAUAUAUAUAUAUAUAUAUAUAUAUAUUUCAAGUUUUGAAAAAACUACCAGUCAUAAUUUUUAGAGCAUGAUGUUUGUGUUAGAAUUACCCGAUGUCAUAAAUUUUGUGACAAUAAACUGGAUUUCAUUAAUUACACUAUCAUCUGUAUCCCCGUGUAUCGGCAUAUAUACAUUAUAUAUAUAUAUUAUAUACUUAGUAUAAAUGUGACAAAAUUUGGACAUUGUAAAUAUACUGAUUUGUUGUGAAAAAACUUGUAUGUCUGAGAGUUGGAGGGUUUGAAACCCGGAGAAUCACAGGUUAAUCUUUUCUAAAGAUUGUCGAGGUGUAAUUCUGCAAAAAAGUUGCUGGGGUUGCAGAGGUAUUUUGAUCAUUAGGGUACAUGGCUGGCAUGAAAAUUGUGUUAUUGUAUUGGUGAGGCUCCUAAAGGGGAAAAUCACUUUGGUGAGGCUCCUAAGGGGGUUAUCACUUUGGUGAGGCUCCUAAAGGGGUAAUCACUUUGGUGAGGCCCCAAAAGGGGAAAAUCACUUUGGUGAGGCUUCGAAGGGGGUAAUCACUUUGGUGAGGCUCCUAAAGGGGUAAUCACUUUGGUGAGGCCCCAAAAGGGGAAAAUCACUUUGAUGAGGCUCCAGAAAGGGUUAAUCACAUUAGUGAGACUCCAAAAAGAGGAAAUCACUUUAAUGAGGCUCCGUUAGGGGAAUUCACUAUAGUGAGGCCCAAAAAGGGGUAAUCACCGAUCAUUUAUGACUUGUAUUAUGUUAAAUCACAUAAUCAUUAUGAUACAACCACAUGUGCAGUGUUUUAUUUACGCAUGUUCACACAUGUAAACUGCCAGUAAGUUAUAAAUAAUCUUUCCCUUUCUUUGAUUCUAAUUCGUUUUCUUUUUAUUUAACACAUAUACCGAAGGUACGGUGUUUUGUCAAAAAAAUCUGGUGGAUUUAUUUUGAAUAAUUGAGGAGAAAUACAAGAACCAUGUUUGGAAAGUCCCAUUAAAUGGGACAAUUUUUACAACGGGUUGUAACGAAUGUAUGUGAUCCUUUAAUUUGUUUUGUUAUUUCAUAAGAAAAUUACCCUCCCCACCCCCCUUACGUUUUAAAGAACAUUAAAACAUCAUGUAUUACCACUAACGACAUGUGUCAUACUUAAUUCACUCAAUAAAUGGUAGCUUGAAAUGAUA